CGUUAUUCACGUGACAGUCGUGGAGUGAGGUGGCGCGCCGACCGCCGAACAAGAGGCAAGAGCAAUCGCGUCGGCGAGUCGAUUGACCCAGCGGCGGCCAGAGUCAUCCACGCCACGCCCACGUCCACGUUCACGUUCUUCCAAGGAAACUUUUAUCCACUUCAUUUCCUAUUUGAGGCUUGUAAAACGAGAUGUGAUCGCGUCAUGGAUGAAUGGGACCUUCUCUCUCUGCUUCCCUCCACUCUCACCGAAUCUUUUUCAGUUCACUGGCGUCUCAACGCUUAAUUCUCACCUCUCCCACCCCCACCCCUUCUUUUUUAUCUCCUCCAUUUUCUCCCCAACUCGAUUCCAAACCCCGAAAGAAAAUUCAGUCGUCGCAAGAAAGAAAAUCCUUUCGCUUUCAGUUCCAUUUUAGAGCCGACUUUUUGGCUAAAAAGUUCGAAAUCUGUUCUUUUUGACCUGCAAUCUGUAAACUGGUCUCGGCUUUCCUUUUUAUAUGGAGAUUUCAUCGGUUCCCGAGUUUAAUCUGGGGUACCUUAACCCGAAGCUAUCCAGAUUGCGUUAGUGGCGGCUUGGGAUUCUAGGUUUGUUAGCUUCUGUUGCUUCUUGGGUUCGGGAGAUUACUUGCCAGUCAAUCUGGCUUUGGAUUCAUGUUUACCUGUAUACUUCGUAUGAAUUGCAGAGCCCCUUUUGGAUUUGGGUCUCUGAGUUUCAACGGUUUAAAUGAUCUUGCAAUCUGCUUCUGCGAGCUGGGUUGUCUCGCAUCUUGUUUGGGUCUCGCCUUCCGUUUAUCCUCGUAAGAUUGAUAGAAUUGGGGUUAGGAGUGGAGGUGGAAAUGUAAGGAAUUCCCGGUUAAUUGGGUGCUGUGGGAAAAAAUUAUUUCUUGGAAUUGUCUCCAGUAAGGUUUCUCGAAGAAGAUGGAUUUGUAGAGCAUGUAUGCUUCCUUCGGCCGAUGGUCGAAAUCCGAAUCUGAGUAUUGAGUUUUGCAAUUCAGCAAGGCGGGGCGCAAAAGUCUUGGUUGCUAAGCGAUUUGUAGAUGAAUUGGACCAUGGAGAACUUGCUCCGGAGCAUAUUCAAAUGGCGUCGAGUUUUACUAGCUUCCAGGAAGAUCCUAUGGUCGAUAAACUCAGGACUCAGCUAGGAGUAAUCCACCCCAUUCCCUCUCCUCCAAUCAACAGGAAUGUGGUGGGUCUUUUUGUCUUCUUUUUCUUUGUUGGGGUUGUCUUUGAUAAGCUGUGGACAUCAAGGAAGAGAAAUAAACAGAGCCCUGAUGCUCGGACUGGUAUUUGGCCACAGGUGCCUACAAGCUUUUCUUUGUUCCUCGAGAAGGAUUUACAAAGAAAAGAGUCUGUGGAAUGGGUGAACAUGGUUCUCGGAAAACUGUGGAAGGUGUACAGAUCUGGUAUUGAGAAUUGGAUCAUUGGGUUGCUUCAGCCGGUCAUUGAUAAUCUGAAGAAACCUGAUUAUGUGGAGAGGGUUGAAAUAAAACAAUUCUCGCUCGGGGAAGAGCCACUCUCUGUCAGGAAUGUUGAGCGCAGAACGUCUCGUCGGGUUAAUGAUUUGCAGUACCAAAUAGGCCUCCGUUACACUGGUGGUGCUAGAAUGCUAUUGAUGCUGUCAUUAAAGUUUGGCAUCAUUCCUAUAAUUGUACCUGUUGGUGUUCGAGAUUUUGACAUUGAUGGGGAACUAUGGGUCAAAUUGCGGUUAAUACCAUCAGAGCCUUGGGUUGGAGCUGUUUCAUGGGCAUUUGUUUCCCUUCCAAAGAUAAAGUUUGAGUUGUCACCAUUUCGUUUGUUCAAUCUCAUGGCAAUCCCAGUCCUCUCAAUGUUCUUGACUAAGCUUCUCACUGAGGACCUCCCUCGUCUCUUUGUACGGCCAAAGAAGAUUGUCUUAGAUUUCCAAAAGGGAAAAGCAGUUGGUCCUGUUUCAAGUGAUAUCAAAACUGGGGAAAUUCAAGAAGGAAACAAGGAUUUUGUUGGAGAACUGUCAGUGACUCUAGUAGAUGCCCGAAAGCUUGCCUAUGUUUUCUAUGGAAAAACAGAUCCAUAUGUUGUCCUUACCCUGGGUGAUCAAGUAAUUCGUAGUAAAAAGAACAGUCAGACCACUGUUAUUGGGCUUCCUGGUGAGCCAAUAUGGAAUCAGGAUUUUCAUAUGCUUGUUGCAAACCCUAGAAAACAGAAACUAAGCAUCCAAGUGAGGGAUUCCCUUGGCUUCACAGACUUCACCAUAGGUACAGGAGAGGUUGAGCUGGGAUCUCUUCAAGAUACUGUGCCAACGGAUAGAAUUGUGGUCUUGCAAGGUGGUUGGGGAAUAUUCAGAAAGAGAUCUUCUGGAGAAAUAUUACUUCGGUUGACAUAUAAAGCAUAUGUUGAGGAUGAAGAGGAUGAUGCAGUUGAGGCUGAAUCUGUGGAUACUGAUGCCUCUGAUGAUGAGUUGUCAGAGAUUGAUGAAGUAGAUUCCAAAGAUGAAGAGCGUCUGAAAGACUCCCCUGAUGGAACAGAUAAAGAAUCUUUUAUGAAUGUAUUAGCAGCUUUGCUUGUAAGUGAAGAAUUCCAAGGGAUAGUAUCCUCUGAAACAGGAAAUACUAAACCCUCUGAAGAUGCCAAAAAUCUGGAAUCAAAUUUAUCAAGACCCCGUACUGCUAAUUUUCUAACUACUAAUUCAGAAAAUGGUUCUGAAGGUCCCAGUAGUGGAUCUGCAUUAUUUUGGUUUGCCGUGAUUACAAGUAUAGCAGUGCUGAUUGCUCUCAAUAUUGGUGGUUCAAACAUCUUCAAUCCUUGAUAUGCCAUGUCCCUUAUGCAAUUUUGAUGAAGCAAGUGGAUUUCUUAUUGGAUCAAAGUUUGAUGGAAACAAGGGCGGACAUUCAAAGGAUGAACUUUCUUCUUUUGUGCAGGUAGAGCCAUGAUCUUCCAUUAUGAGCCUAAAGAGUAAAGGGUCUCUCAAGUGAAAAUUAUUCCUGUUUGAAUCUAAAUAUAUUUUACUUCAUGUAAAUUUGUGGUUAGCUGAGAAAUGUUCUAUUGGCGGCAGGAUUUUUUGUUUCUAUACCUCCUGGGCCAUAAACCCAGAUGCCCUUGUAAGCUCAUUCACUGUUCAUAUUACAAAAAUUUCAAAAAGAAAAAAAAAAUUCUUGGAUAAGAAUGGUACAAAGGACUAUAUCCAAGAGAGAGUUAUAAAGCAUGUUUAAUGCAAUUAACCUUUACUUUCUUUAAA